AAUAACUUUUUGUCGAUUUAGAACUUGUAACCAUAGAUUAGUGAUAGAAACUGGUAGAUGGCAAAAUGUUGAAAGAAAAUGCAUUUUGUGUGACAAAAAUGACUAAGGAGAUGAGUUACAUUAUAUUUUAGUUUGUCCACACUUACGUUUGUACAGAAAUCGUUUUAUUAAUUUGGAAAACAGAACAAAUGUUAGUAUUAUUAAAUACAAAAAUCUGUUCCAAUCUAAAAAUACUAUCACGUUGAAAAAAUUAUGUAAAUUUAUCACUUAUAUCAACACUUUGAUUACUUAACUUUCAUGCGCUAGUCCUCCAGAAUAUGUACAUUGCAUCAUGUACAUGUUCUUUAUGUACUGUAUAUGCAUAGGUGUACGUGUAUAUGUGUGUAUGUAUGUAUGUAUGUAUGUACAUGUAUGUGUUUUGUUUUUUAUUUCUUAUUUUUUCCUUUUCUUAUUUUUUCUACUCUGGAUACUGACUUUGUGUAUUGUGUACUGUAGUACAUUGUAUUUGUAUUUCUCUAUACCUUUUGUACAUUGGUUUAUGAGAAUAGAUCAUCAAUCAAUCGGUCAGAUCUGUGGUGUGAGUGAUGUUAGAAAUCUUACGGCUUUUUAACUAAAAUCAGAAAUCACAAUUAAGCACGAAAACCGAAUUUAUUGGAACUUAACUUCAAUGUUAUUUUAUUACAAUUAAUUUGAUUGGACAAAAGUAAAGCUGAACAAGAAUUUACAUAAUGAAAAGUAAUGACAAUGACAGGUAUAUGCUAUUUCCAAACGUACAAUGGAUGAAGGAGUUGGGGGUAUGGUUUUAUUGUCUGUGUUCCCCGUCCCCACAUUAUUUUUCUGUGAACGAUCUUUUCAUAUAAAAAAUAUAUAGUUUUUCGGGAGAUGCCUCUUCAUUAUUUUGAACAGGAGCAGUAUUAGUAGUGAUUUUUUUUAUUGAAGUUUAUGGAGACCGAAAUCCUCUCCCCGUUUGAAAUAUGAUGAUACCAAACAGCUAUAUAUAGUCCAUGUAUGAGUUUACAGCUUUUAAUAUGUAGGUGAUUUGAUUAUGGAAAUUUCAUUUGCUGAUUCCCUUAGCUUUUUUUCUUCAAAAGCUAAACCUGUCAAUAUCAAACUGGUUCUGCCUAUUCCACAAUUUCUUUGUUAAGGGACCAGUUAAAUUUGAAAAUUACUUUUGUAACUUUUUAGGUGCCUAGCUUGGGAUUCUCACUGGGCUUGUACAUUUACAUGUAAAUACAUGUAUGUUAUGUUUAUUGCGAGUCACUUCUGUUAUAGUGUUAUACACACAUGUUGGGCUGCGACAAACCUAAGUCGUUAAAAUAGGUGACAGUUCCAUCGCCAAACGCUCGGUAUCAUGUGCAUUGGAAUGUCACGGGUCCUCGGAGACGACAUUAAAAACGAAUGUCCUGUGUCACAGGAGAUGUGGCACGCUAAAGAACCCUCACUACUCAAUGGCCAUAAGUACCGAGCAAAGGCUUAAAUGAAGCCCUUCACUGGUAUUAGUAUGAGGUGAGUAUGAGUAUAUAAUAUGAGUGAAAAAUUCUCGAGAGGGACGUUAAACAAGAUACAAUCAUAAUCAUUAUUGAUUACAAAAAUUAAUCCACUUUUAUGUUUUGAUUGCUAUAUACAAGUAAUUAUGCACUGGACUCUGUAGUACAAGUCACAGACACAGUACCCGCAACGUUAUUCUUGACAUGAUAAACGGUAGAACACGAUACACGCACGAUAGGAUAGGAUACACGCACGAUAGGAUAGGAUACACGCACGAUAGGAUAGGAUACACGAUAAACCUGAUAAACGCAAAACCUGAUAAACGAUCUUCACGAUAGACCUGAUAAACGCAAAACACGAUAAACGAUCUUCACGAUAAAUGGAAAACCUGAUAGAAAUGUUGUAAAUUUAGAAGUAAUUUAGACAGAACGAAAUUUUGAUACCGACAUCAUAUUUACAUUAUGUUGUUAAUAAUACUGGAGGAUUUCAAUAUUCAUUUUACACCUAAAACGUAUAAUUUCUUAAUACACAGUCGUACUUUUAAAAAAUAUAAAUUUUAUUUGAAUUUUUUACGCCAUCACAGCUAAAAUCAGAAAACUAAACUAUAUACGAUAUUUAAUUCAUUAUUUGAUAUCUAUAUGAAUUUUCCCAGCCAAUUAUUCUAGAAUUAUAUUGUCAUCUAAUGUUUAAUAUAUAAAUUAUACAGGGGAUUAACUAAAUGUAAUAUAAUGUAGUGAUAUCACGCUUCAGUAGCUCUCUUAUUCUAAUGUCUAUUAUCUGUGUACAGAUGCAUGUUUAUGUAUGCAUUUAAAUGAUUUCUGGUAAGGUGAUGAAAUGGAUGUAAAGUAUUUCAUAGACCUGCAUUGUUAUGUUGAUGUGUUUUGACAUGAAUAUAUGUGGCACUUGUUACUUAAUAUAUGUAGUAAUGUGUAUUUUUUCUUUUUUAUCCAGUUUGUUCUUUUUCUUGUUUGACAUGCAUGUAUGUAUCAAACAAUUGACUAGUUUCAUUUUAGUUGUAUUCUAAAAAUGUUUCAUACACUAUUAAAAACUAGAACACAGUAAGUUAUAUAUUUGAUAUGUAGUUGUUGUAAAUGAUGACAGGCUUGAAAUUUUUCCAUUUAUAUCUAUUGUAAUUGAUCAUGCGUCCGUUGUAUGAUAACAAUUAAACACUUUCAACCCAUAUCUACCAUUACAAUUGCUUUCAAAUUUUCAAGCACUACCAAAACUUGACCAAUGUCCAAAAAUAUUAUUCUCAACAUCACACCUGUAAGAAAUUUUAAAAAUCAUUAUAUAGUCAUGUAGAGCAGGGAGGCCUUUACCAAAAUUGUAAAUUUCGUGAUAUUUGGGGAUAGAGGUUCUAACUCCAGGGUGGGGCCAAAUUGGGUAUAUAGUGCUUACAUGUGUAUAUGUAAAACAUUUCAAUAACAUCGUCUUUAAUGCUCUUGAUCCUUAAUUCUUAUUAAAUAAAUAUUUAAAAGGAGCAGAUGUCCUUUACAAAAAUUGUAAAUUUCAUGAUCCAAGGACAGGGUUGUGGUUCCAAAAUUAUUAUAGUGACCAUUGUGUAUAACAACGUUGUAUGAAGUUUAUAUUUCAACAUGGUGAAAAGUUUCAGGACAUUGUUUCUCAUCCAUAUUUGUUAUUUCCUUACAAAAAAUGUAUCAUUUAGUUGUGCGAAAAUAAAGAAUAAUGUAUGAACUUUUUCUCUUGUUGUUCCUGCUCAUUAACAUUACAGACAGAAACAUCAAGUCAGCUUAGUGCUUUUUAGUACUUUCAGUACUUUAAUUUUUUGGCACGCGAAAUCGGAACUCUCCAGUGAAUAAUGGUAAAUAAAACAUAGCAAUUACGUAAACAGAUUAUCGUCUGCUUAUCAAAAUCAUAAUCAAACAUGGCAGAGUUCGAAGAACCUAAAAAGUGUGCAGAUUGGACAAGAGAAGAGGAAGAAGUAUUAAUUAGGGAGGUUUGGAAGCGGAAAGAAAUACUUUUUGGCAAAAUGAAAGGGGAUGGGACGGUAAAAAUCGGAGAAGUUCGUAACAGGGGGCGGAGAGAGGUGGCUGAUGUUUUAAAUGCCAGAUCCAGUUUACGAAAGAGGGAAGCACAGGACGCAGAAGAGAAGCAUUACAACAUAAAACAGCAAAGAGAAGAAAAGUUGAACCAGAUUAAAAAACCAAAAACUGAUGGUGGACGUCGCUCAGUGAUGUCGGCUUCGAAAGAGACACUCCUCGACAACAUGGAGGGGAGACCCCGGAUGGAGGGGAUUGCCUGUGGAAUCAACACAGAGGAUCAACCAUGUACGUCAUCUGCACGUGCAGCGCAAGAGGACACAAAUACACCCUCAUCGAUGAACAACGAAAGCGACAAUGAACAACCUACUGUUGGCGCUUCACACAAUGGGCACCAGUUGGCAGAACUGAAGCAAACAAAUCUAAGUUGCCAUAAACAGCACCUCCGCUUGGAAAUUGAGAAACUGCAAUAUGAAAGAGAGCUUUGUAAGAUGAAGCAAGAUAUUUUAUUAUUAAAACAUAAAAUAUUGGAGUGCAAGAUCCGAGCUAAGAAUCCUAGGUUUGUGAAGACACAAGAGGGGCUUCGGGUUCCAACUGAAAUACUCCCAGAAGUUUAAAACACAAUGCCUUAAGGACACCAGUCUGGUCCCGGCCCCGUCACUCAUAGAUCAUUCGUUAUGUACUAUAACGGGACGGGGACCAGACUAUAAGGCCAUGCACGGCGUUUAGACUCAAUACGGUACUAGUAAUAUACUUGUAUAAUUUAUUUUAUCGUGACAUUUCACAUAUAAUUCACUUGAGUUUUAAUUCGUUUCUACAAAAAAUAGGAAAUAUCGCGUAUGUCCUUACAUGUAAUGUCCUUGAGGUCUCUGUACACUAUAAUACUGAAAAAGUACCAACCGCUUUGCAGUUAGAGUGACACGUCUUUGACAUGACUGAUAAAUAAUGUUCUAAAUGUUAUUGGACAAGGAAAAUAUUCUUUAUUUGUACAUAUGUAAGCAAGUCCAAUCGCUAUCAACAAUGUUUCAUUGUCUGCCAAGAUUUGCUUGUUGGAAAAUUGAGGUGUUCUUUGAAAUUGAAGCUAAUAAACCCUUUUAUGUGAUAAAUACAGUAAUGUAUAUUAUACUCGGAACAUAUGUAUGUAGAUAUCAAUUUACCAUACAAUCACGUGACAUAUUUAACAUGAAAGAAUAUUAAAAAUCAUAGUCCAC